AUGUUCAGCAACGCAAAUCUUUUUUCUUGCAACAAUAUCGCUAGCUCCAAUACUGCCAACUCUAUUAUUCCUGCUCAUAAUUGCAGCAGACCAAUAACAGGUCUUAUUGAUAAUGAAGUACUUUUGCCACCAAACAUGACGAUCAUCUCAAGAAGUGAAUCCAAUGAAACAAUGUCAAGACUUUCUGUUUCUGGAAGACCCCAGUUUCUCACACCUAGAUAUAAAAGAUGUAUUGUCUCGAAUAUCAAAAAGACAGGUGGUCAACGUUGGAUGAUCUUGUUGAUGAUGCUAGUGCUGACACAAGAAAGAAUGUCAGCAAGUUUACCAUGCAUAAAACUUUGCACAGCAUGGAUUUUUUUCUGCUGUAAACCUGUGUCAAAGUCUUUUCUUACCAAGACACACAUUGUCAAACGUCAAGCAUAG